AACUGUUUGGAUUCUUCUCUGUCUCUCUUUAAUCUUUUCCUUCUUCUGUGUUUGUUUUGUUUCGUCUUUUGAGAUUCAUAAAGAGAUGCGUUUUUUCUUGUGUGUGUGGCAGUAAAGAGUCUUCUUUUUGAAGUUAUUGUUCAACUGUUUAUAUCUGAUUCUGGUUUCUUUACACAGUUACUUGUGUAGUUAAGCAGUGAAUUCGAAUCCAUCUUUCCAUGUCCAGAUUUUUGAAAACUAUGAUCUAUUUGUAUGUAUAGUUAUGCCCAAAUCAGAACUUAUCAAUUUGAACUGUGGAAUAAGACUUGUUUGGUAGAACGAAACUCUUAUGUUUGGGAGAUUGUGUCGCUGAUUGGAAUUUACUUUCGAUUUAAUUCUGUAGAGUACCUAAAACGAGGUCAAGAUCAACGGCGUUCUCAUUUGCAAGAGAGCUCAAUCAUUUGUGAGGAUGGACCCCCAACAUACCGCCAUUUGGAGAAGCAAAGUGAAUUACUCAAAGAAGCUCAUAAGACCAUGUCACAAGAACUCCAAACACUCCAGGUUGAACAUGAGAUGAUGAUGCGUAAAUUCUAUGAGCUAAUGACCACUCAUCGUUUAAAUCAAAAGAAAAGGGUGGAAACUCAAACUCAAAAUGUGUUGGAAGGAAGAGAAACAGUUGAAGAUUCUCUAUCAACACUAACGAUUGGUGAUGAAGAAGAACAUUGAAGAACUCACUAGUCAGGAUAGACCGGGCCGGUUUGGGCCGGGCUUGAAAGGGAGGAUCUUAGGUUCGGAAGAGAGGUUUGUGUCCAGACACUGUAUUUUUGAAUCUCGGAUCUAUUUUUACAAAGAAUCUGUGUAACCUAUGUACAUCCUGUGUAUAAAUAUGCAAUUUCUGUAAUCUAAAAGCGAUAAAACAAUGUCAUAAAGUAACAUCAAUUGCCUGCAAAAAGAAUGGAGAUCCUCCAAUUUUCUUA